AUGGCCUCCCAAAACGAGUUGACUCAGGACCAUGUUCUUCUCGGAGAUCUAGACAUCUCGUUCAGACGCACAGUUCGGGUGCCCGAUGAUCAGCAACUAUCUCAGCUACCUCCUAACAUCGGGAAGUUUCCGCUCUUUCCAAGUCAAGGACUAUGCCGACAAGAUGCCCCGAGAAAUGGCGUUAACGCCAUUUCGGGAGAACCAGUAGUCGAGAAUGCAGCCACGACCUUACGAAGGAGACAGAAACUAAGCCAGAACAAGCCGAUCCAGGACUAUGUCGUUGUGCCUGACCAGAAGUGGCUCGAUGGAAUUGCCAACAGUACUGGCCAGGUCCGACAAUUUGUAGCCAUGUCGAUGGGGUCGGGACAUUCAAUCGAGGCCCAGGUCACUGGACAAGAUGUCGUUGGUGGCAUACAAGUUGAGAUCACUCCCGAAAAGGAAACGCGAAAGGACACAAUCUUUGUGAAGAUGCCCAACAUCCUGAAGCUUCAAGGCGGCAUGAAGAUCUACGUCAAAACCUUGACCGGAAAGACCCUCACGAUAGAAAUAGAGCCGACUCAGCUUAUUGAAGAUCUCAAGUUCAAGAUCCAGGACACAGAAGGAAUCCCCGUUGACCAGCAGAGAUUGAUAUUUUUGGGAAAGCAGCCAACAGACCAUCAUACUUGUGAGGAAUUCGGCAUUGGGCAAGAUGCAACCCUACACUUAGUCCUACGACUCCGUGGUGGUUAUGUUGCGCCUCAGGCCAGUGACAGCCAUGGCAAUGCUUCAAAGGCGGACGGCGCCGGUGCUGAGCCAGAAAUGAACUUGGCGCCAGGCGGCCUCAUCAAGCAAAACAUCGUCGAGGAUCCACUGCGAGGCACGGAGGCUCGUUGGGAUACUACCAAGACUGUGACUUUCAACGUCCAGAUUCUCAACACUUCGUCCUUUUCUCGCAUUACUGGACAACCAGCGCCGGAGACACCGAUCGAUGCUACGUCAUAUGCCGCUCUUGGCUACCCUUUUCACUUUAUGGAGGAGGGCGAUACCACAGUUUCCGGAAACUUCGAUGGUGUCAAAUCAGUCGCUACCAUUGACGGUAAACAUGAUGGUGUCAUCGAGACCAAAGUGAAGCCAAUCAAACAGUCCUCUGCGAUUGCAGUAUCGUCGAGCAAAAUUCCUCCGCAAGCAUCACCGGCUACCUACAUUCCAGUGCACGCUACCUUGGGGCCGAAUUUCUUCGACGCUACUGGCCCCCGAACCCCGUUUCGGCCAGCCGAAGACCUGGAGGCAGAACUAGGCAGAGUUUCUUUAGUCUCUUUUACCUAG